GGAGCGGGGCGCACGGCACGGCUCGGCUCGGCUCAGCGCGGCAUAGCACGGCUCGGCUCGGCUCAGCUCCGCUCUCCUCCGCUCUCCCGCCAUGGCAUCCAAGUGCCCCAAGUGCGACAAGACCGUGUACUUCGCUGAGAAGGUGUCCUCCCUGGGCAAGGACUGGCACAAGUUCUGCCUGAAGUGUGAGCGCUGCAACAAGACCCUGACCCCAGGCGGGCACGCCGAGCACGAUGGGAAGCCCUUCUGCCACAAGCCCUGCUACGCCACGCUGUUCGGCCCCAAAGGGGUGAACAUCGGUGGUGCUGGGUCCUACAUCUACGACAAGCCGCAGAUCGAGGGGCAGACUGCUCCGGGACCCAUCGAGCACCCAGUGAAGGUGGAGGAGAGGAAGGUGAAUGCUGCGCCUCCCAAGGGACCCAGCAAAGCCUCCAGUGUCACCACCUUCACUGGGGAGCCCAACAUGUGCCCACGCUGUGGCAAGAGAGUCUACUUUGCCGAGAAGGUGACCUCGCUGGGGAAGGACUGGCACCGCCCCUGCCUACGCUGCGAGCGCUGCAGCAAGACUCUGACCCCGGGGGGCCACGCUGAGCAUGAUGGACAGCCCUACUGCCACAAGCCCUGCUAUGGGAUCCUCUUCGGGCCAAAGGGUGUCAACACUGGAGCUGUGGGAAGCUACAUCUAUGACAAAGACCCUGAGGUGAAGAACCAGCCCUAGACGGUGGCCUCCUGCCCGUCCAUCUGCCUGCUCUGUGCCCCCUUACUAACCUCUGCUCACAGCUGGAGCAGACCCUUGCUAGGCUGGCCACAGAGCUGUGCUCUCUCUGCUGUCUCCCCUCUGGGCAGGAUGGCCCUGCCCCCUGGGUUAUAUAUUAUAGCCUCUAAUAUAAGCUUUGGUGUUUAAAGGCAAAGGUAGAAGGUGUUUCUGGUGGUUCCCAAUGUGCUCUGUCCUCCCCAGCCCUCCCACCAGCCCCCCGAGUGCAGGAGGCAGCAGGGUGGGUGUGGGGAUGUCACUGUGUGCAGGGGACAGUGAGUGGCAUCCAAGGGGCUGAAAGCAGGGGGAAGUCCUACCCUGAACGUGUGCCCCUCGCUGGGCUGAUGGUCAGGGUGCCCAGCUCUCUUCCUCACCAGCUGCUGGGGAUGUGUGGGUCCCCUGAGGACGCUGGCUCAUCUGGCAGCUUCCUGGCCUCCAUGCCCUGGCUCUCACUCUCCCCAGGGCCCACAGCCAAGCUCAGCAGCCGCUGAGGUUGCAGGUCCUUGUAUGCCCAUCCCUGCACACCCAGGGCAUCCCUGUACGUGCCCUUAGGCAGGUGCCCACCCCGCUCUGCUGGCUGGUUUGGGUUGGUGACCCCCUGCAGCCUGGUUCCCCAUGGCAGCAGGGCCUGUGCCAGUGGAAGCGAGCUGCCCCCUGCCCCUGAGGGCAGAGCGCAUUGGGCUGGCGGCUCCGGGGCAGGGCUGCCGCCUGCCUCCCCGAGCCGCAGGUUUCUCGUCCUUGUUGUUGUUUAUUUAUACCCAGUUGUAAAU